UCUCCGCCGCUGCUGCUGCCGCCGCCGCCGCCGCUGCUGCCGAUUAUGUCACAUCGAUCAGACGCUGCAGCCGAAGCUGUAGGAGCCAGAGAGGCGACCGCAGCGGCCGCGGAGUGAGCGGAAGGACGGGCGCGGCUCAGCCACAAGUCACAUUAGGGCUUGUAUGCAGCUGUCUCCUUCUUGGCUAUAUUGCUACCCAGGUGAAGAAAGGAGGCCUGGCCUGUGUUGCCAGAGAAGAUGGCCUCAACACCAGCCUGUCUGCUGUUGCUGUGUUCACUGGUUCUGAUUUUCUGUGACCCAGCAGAAUCCAUCAAGUUUCCUGAAGGCUUUGACCGGACAAACUUACAACAACCUCCUGAAUUCACAACACAACCAGACAAGGAGAUUGUUUUAUAUCCCACUGAUGAGAUUAUCCUGAAAUGGGAGGCUACUGGAAAUCCCGCGGUGACGUACCGCUGGACCAAGGAUGGGGAACAGUUUGACCCAGAACAGGUGCGAGGGGUAAAACAGUUGGAAAAUUCAGGGACUCUGAUCAUCCAUGCAAACAAUGGGAAUGUGCCAACUAGGUUCAAUGGACUGUAUCGGUGUUAUGCCAGCAACAUAUUGGGCACAACCGUGAGUUCUGAGAGCCGCAUCAUUGUUGAGAAUGCCCCACAGUGGCCAAAGGAGGAGGUGGCACCCAUCACAGCAGAAGAAGGGACCCACACAGUCUUACCGUGUAACCCACCCACCAGUGCUGAUCCACCUAAAAUCUAUUGGCUCAACAGCAAGAUUGAGCACAUUGCCCAAGAUGAACGAGUCACUGUAGGGCAGGAUGGAAACCUCUACUUUGCCAAUGUACAGAUGAAGGAUAGUCAACCUGACUAUAUCUGCAAUGCCCAUUUCCAAGGUCCCCGACUCAUUAUCCAGAAAGAACCCAUUGAACUGAAAGUCAUCCCAACCAACACUUUCUCAUACCAGAAACCAAUUCUAAUUGUGCCAGAGACCACACGCAAGAGCUAUGUGGCCUUGUUAGGAAAGCCCUUGAUACUAGAAUGCAUUGCUGCAGGACUCCCUACACCAUCAGUGGAAUGGAUCCACCUGAACAGAAUGAACCCUUCACCUGGGGUGACCUUUGAGAACUACAAUAAAACCCUUUGCAUCCCAAGUGUGACGGAGGAUGAUGAUGGAGACUAUCAGUGUAUUGCUCGUAAUGAGCACGGCAGCAUCCACCACACCUAUACCGUUAAUGUUGAGGCUGCUCCAUACUGGAUAAAAAUGCCCGUGAGCCAGAUUUAUGGACCAGGGGAGAAUGUCCGCCUGGAUUGUGAAGUUGAUGGAAAACCUAAGCCAAAAGUGUCAUGGAGCAUAAAUGGGAUUCCUCUAAAAGAUGUGAUGCCAGAUCCAAGAAGGAAGAUUCAAUCAGGGGCUUUAAUCUUCAGCGAGGUGCAGCCCAAUGACACCGCUGUUAUCCAGUGCCAGGCCCACAAUAAGCACGGCAGUAUCCUGGCCAAUGCAUACAUCCUUGUUGUCUGGUUGCCAGCAGAGAUCCUGACCCCAGAUGGCAUAGAAUAUGCUGUGGUGGAGAACCAAAUAGUGAUCCUACAUUGCAAGACUUUUGGGGCGCCCAGACCUAAAGUGCAGUGGUUUAUGGAAGACAUGAACCCUGCCCUAAAAGACGAACGAACCUUUAUAUUCACAAAUGGAUCCCUGAAGCUUCAGGAAGUCCGACGUGAAGAUGCAGGAAACUUCACAUGCUUGGCUGAGAAUGAUCAAAACAAUGUCUCCAUCACUGCCCGCCUGGUUGUUAAAGGAGCAACACAGAUCGAAUCGGGACCUAUCGACAUGGAAAAGAAGCAAGGUGAGAGUGUGACCUUCUACUGCAAGGUACUAUUUGAUGAGAGUAUUCCAAAGCGUGGUAUCCAAUGGCGCCUAGAUGGAAAAGAUAUUGAAGAAUCAGAUGAUGAUAACAAAUACAUCAUUGGUGACAUGUCUCUGACCGUCACCAAGGUGGACUUCUCUGAUCAAGGAACAUACAGUUGCCUGGCCUGGACCACCCUUGACUCUGUAGAAAAAAGUGCCAAUCUUUUGGUGUAUGGCAUACCUGGCCCUGUGUCAAAUCUGGAGGUUCAGAAGCAGCAGAAUCAUCAGGUAAAGCUGACAUGGACACCUGGAGAUAACCACAACAGAGAAAUAAAGGAAUAUAAUGUGUUUUGUGAAGAAACCAAAUUUGGGCCAGCAGAAAAGGAAUGGAUAGCCACGGUCCCAGGAAACCAGCCAUGGGCUAUUCUUCAGCUCUCUCCAUUCAGAAGUUAUAACUUCUAUGUGCAGGCCAGCAAUGACCAGGGGAAAAGUGAAUUAAGCAGCCGGUCUGCCAGUCAUGCCACAGAUCCCGCAGCACCUGAGCGAAACCCAACUGAUGUCAGAGGAGAAGGAAAUGAAACCACGAAUAUGAUCGUCACCUGGACGCCCUUGCCUCCCAAGGAGUGGAAUGCCCCAAUGAUGAAGUAUCGCGUACAGUGGCGGCUUGAGAAUGAAGGCCAAUGGGAUGAGGUGGAAAUUGAAGAACCUCCUGUACUGGUGACAGAUACUCCUGUCUUCUCACCUUAUGAGAUCAAAGUGCAAGCACAGAAUGAUUUUGGCAAAGGGCCUGAACCAGAACCUGAAAAAGGUUAUUCAGGGGAGGCUGUGCCUGAGGCUGUCCCUGAAGAUCUGCUGAUUGAGAUGAUAAACAGCACCACCAUCAAGCUUUCUUGGAUCCUUCCCAACAGAGAGAAAAUUUGGGGACAUCUUAAGGGAUUCAAGGUGUAUUACUCCAGGCUGGGAACCCUGGCAGAACGUAGCCGCCGACAGGCCCACCUUCACUUCCAUUCCCACGGGGAGCUGCUGAUUUUGGGGAAUGUGUCUGAAGUCAUAUUGGGGGGCCUCAGGCCCUGGAGCCGGUACCAGGUUCAACUGGCAGUGUUGAAUGGGCGGGGGGAGGGGCCCCGCAGCGAGGCCAUGGAGUUUGUUACACCUGAGGGAGUACCUAGCACCCCUGAAUCCUUUCAGUUGGACUAUCUCUCGGACACAGCAGUGUUGCUAGAGUGGAUGCCUCCAAAAUUCCCUAAUGGGAGAUUACUGAGAUACGUGUUGGGAUACCAACAAGCCAAUCAGACAGAGAUGGACAUUGGCAACAUCCACAUCCCAGCCACUCAAUUAAGCCUCAAUCUCAGCGACCUUGAUCCCCACACUCCCUACAAAUUCUCCUUGUGGGCAGAAACCAAAGAGGGUCGAGGAGAAAUAUCCUUACUUGAGGAACAUACAAUGCACGAGUCAGUGAACUUGUCUUUUGUAAACAUCAGUGUGGGCGAGACAGGAGAAAACUUCACCACCAUCAUCUGGAUCCCACGUCAGAACCAGCGAGAUGUGGAGUUUGCAGUCCAUCUUAUGAGCAAAACAGACAAAGGACAAUGGCAUGAUGUAGGGAAGGCCAGUUCUGGCCAGGGCUCAUACAGCAUUCCAGAUUUGCAGCCAGGCAAGCAGUAUCGUGUUCGACUGGUGAAAGUACACCGUACUGGGGACGUUCAAAUAAUUUGGGAAUCAGAUGUGGAGACCAGUGGUGUGGCAUCAGCAUAAGUGAAGAUAAUCACUCCAGAGAGCCUGAAGGCUUCAAAUGCUUUGGGGGAUUGAAGAAUGAAAGUGAUGAAAAUAAUGAGAAGUGGAAGUGACCUCAUUCUAUAAUUAUGGCAAUGUGGAAGGAUCCACUGAGAUGAAAUUUCCAAAUUCUACAUUCAGCAUGUGGGAGAAAGGGGAACUUAAUUAGCAGUUUGGGCGAAGGGCCAACAAAUAACCUUUCUUAGAACCUUUCUUUUCAUAUACAAUGAAGCUUUAGGGCAAUCUAAAUUACCAAAGACAUAGAUGGAGGCACUGAUAUCACGUAUCCCAAAAGAUCCCACAAAUACAUAGCAAAUCAAGAACUAUAGGCCAAUCUCGCUACUUAAUGUAGACUACAAAAUAUUCGCAAUGAUAAUCGCUGAAAGAACCAAAAACAUAUUAAAUAAAAUUAUUGAUUUGGACCAAAAUGGAUUUUUGCCAAACAGACAUAUAAGAAACAAUACAAGAAUGAUUAUGAAUUCAUUAGAUUACUAAGAGGCCCAUCCGGAUAAGAAGUUGGCAUUUGUAGAUGCUCAAAAAGCAUUUGACAAUCUAAACUGGAACUUUCUUAUUAACCAAUUGGAAAUUAUGAAUUUUGGGGAGAAAUUUACAGACAUGAUCAAAGCAAUCUAUUUGAAACAAUUGGCUAAAAUAAUAAUAAAUGGGGAAACAACGGAGAGGAUUAGUAUAACUAAGGGUAUAAGACAGGGAUGUCCCUUGUCACCCCUCUUAUUUAUACUAUCAUUGGAAAUAUUACUAAUACAAAUUAGACAAAAUCAAAUGAUAAAAGAGUUGAAAAUUAAACAGGAGGAAUAUAAAGUUCGAGCUUUCUCAGAUGAUCUGGUUUUUAUCAUAGAAGAUUCUUUGGAGACGGGAACCAUCUUGAUUCAUGGAGUGGAAGAAUUUGGUAAAGUGGCUGGAUUUAAAAUAAACAAGGAAAAAACUAAGAUAUUACCCAAGAAUUGUACCAAAAGGCAAGAUGAGGAAUUGGAAGAGAAAGGGGCAUGCAUAAGAGCACAAAAGUGCCUACCAUUCCUGUCCUAUUGUUCCCCUUCAUUAUAUCAGAUUAAUACUUUGCUUAUAUAUAUACAUAUUUUAGCCUAUAUUUUAUAUUUUAUAUAUAUUUUAGCCUAUAUACAUGUUUAUAUGUUUAUAUGAUAUGUUAUUGUUUUUAUGUCAAUAUUUGCAUAUACUGUUGUGACAAAAUAAUUCUUCCACAAUGGCGGGGAAAAAAAAUUGGGGAUUCAAAUUGUUAAAAAGAUAAAAUAUCUGGGAAUUUGGUUAAUGGCAAAAUGUUCUACAUUAAAAGAGGAUAAUUAUGAUAAAUUGGUACAACAAAUACAAAAAGAUUUAGACAUUUGGACAAAAUUACAGAUAUCUUUAGAAUUGCCAUAAUAAAAAUGAAUAUACUACCAAAAUUGUUAUAUUUAUUUCAAACAAAAGUAUUUUUUGAUCAAUUGAAUAGAAUAAUAGGUAAAUUUAUUUGGUUGGGAAAAAAAGCACAAAUAAAAUGCAAACUUCUUCAGGACUCCAGAACCAAAGGAGGCUUCGGCCUAUCCGAUUGGGAAUUAUAUUAUCAAGCAGUGGCAAUAAUGUGGCUAAAGGAUUGGGUUCAAUUAAGAAAUAAGAGAGCAUUAACAUUGGAAGGCCACGAUCUUCAAUUGAGAUGGCGCACUUUUUAUGGGAAGGAAAAAAUAAAACCCACAUAUAUUUCCAGAGACGUCUAGUGUGAAAUGCUUUUUUAAAUAUUUGGGAUAAUAUAAGGAAAAAUCACUAUAUGAAAGUACCAGUUUGGAUUUUAACAAUGGAAGCCAUAAUCUAUCCCAAUGUAUUGGACAUAAACAAAGUAAUAAGAUAUUCGGAACUUUUAGACGAAUUUGGAAACUUAAAAUCAGAACAGGAUUUAAGAAAUCAGGGGAUAAAAAUUGAUUGGUGGCCAUAUCUGCAAAUUAGAACAAAAUACAAAAAAGACCAGGAAAAACACAGUAUAUAUACAGAACUUGACAAGUUAUUAUUAGGAACAGGGGAAAAAAUGAUUACAAAAAUGUAUAUUUUUUUGUUAAAAUUCAAAAUGGAAGAAGAAACUGUGAAAUAGACAAUGAUUAGUUGGGCGAGAAAUUUUGGGCAUAAUAUUCAAUUAGAUCAAUGGGAUAGAUUGUGGGAGAGAAACUACAAACUAACAAUGUCAGCUGCUUACAAGGAGAACCUUUACAAAGUGCUUUAUCGAUGGCAUCUGCCACCAGCGAGAUUGGCCAAGAUGUUCUUGAACAGGUCAACAUGUUGGAAGUGUGGUCAUAAACAAGGAAUGUUCUACCACAUGUGGUGGACCUGCCCUAAAAUUAGAAAAUACUGGUGUAAGAUAAGAAAGUGGCUGGAGGGGAUAACAGAAUAGAAAAUAGAGAUGAAGCCGGAACUUUUUCUCUUGGGCGUUCUUGAAGGGAAAAUGGAGAAAAAAUUACAAUAUAUCACAAUGCAUAUAUUAACUGCAAGUAGAAUUGUCCUAGCACAGAACUGGAAACAACCAGAUAUUCCUCCAGACCAAAUUAUAAUUUAAAAAAAAUAUGAUUGUGCAGAAAUGGACAGACUGUCCAUGGAAAUGUACUAUCAAAUUUGGAUCAGACAAUAUUCCUGGCUUGAGAAGAGGCGAAAAAAAUAAGGGAUAAUCUGUUAAAUAUAAUAUGUGGAAGAUAAAAUUGUUGAAGAAAUAUAGGAUAUGAAAUUGAACUACGAAGAGGUAAUUAUAAUAUGAAUAAGAAUUUAAGAUAGAGAGAUAUAAAAUUAGAAUUUUUGUAAAUAUGCUUGUUAUGAUAGAAAUACCGAUAUAGAAAAGCUGUUAUUUGUGGAAAUUUUUUGUUAUGUUGUUGUUGUUUUAUGUUUUUUUUUCUUUCUGUGUUGUACUUCUGUAUUGUGUUUUAAAUGUUGGAACUUCAAUAAAUACUUUUUUUUUU